CCUUGAUGUGUAAAAUAUAAAGAGGAAAACGAAUCAUUCAAGCAGCUGGUAAUUCUAUGUAGAGGGAGGAAAUUUCACAAUUAAUUUUUAUGGAAAGGAUCUCGAAAAACCUCCAACUGAAGUGAUAAAACAAAUCGUCGCAAUAGCAACUAUCCACCGAAUAUGAAUGAGGAGUUCAAACUGCCCAAACGUUCACGUAAGCGAACUCGUGAUGUAAAGCGUAAAGCAAGGCCGGAGUUGGAUAAAGAAGGAUGGACAGCUUUGCAAUAUGCGGAUCCAGAACGAUUUGAACCUUUCUGCAAGGUCAAAGACAAUGUGGAGCGCAUCGACGAACGGGACGUGAGUUGUGACGAGUUUAUACGGCGUUUCGAGGAACCAUAUCUGCCGGUUGUAAUCGAAGGCUGUCAAAAUGGUUGGCAGGCCUUGGAAAAGUGGACCCUUCCACGCCUAGCCAAAAAGUACCGUAAUCAAAAGUUUAAAUGCGGAGAAGACAACGAAGGAUAUAGUGUUAAAAUGAAAAUGAAGUAUUACAUUGAGUACAUGCAAACGACACGUGACGACAGUCCCCUAUAUAUAUUCGAUAGCAGCUUCGGGGAACAUCACAGGCGUCGGAAACUUCUGGAAGACUAUGUGGUGCCCAAGUAUUUCCGUGAUGACCUAUUUAAGUAUUGCGGCGAAGAUCGUCGUCCCCCUUACCGCUGGUUUGUAAUGGGCCCAGCCAGGUCUGGCACUGGCAUUCACAUUGAUCCCCUGGGCACCAGUGCUUGGAAUGCUUUAAUUAGCGGCCACAAACGUUGGUGCCUUUUUCCCACUCAGACUCCCAAGGAACUGUUAAAGGUUUCCUCGAAUUUAGGAGGCAAGCAAAAAGACGAGGCCAUUACUUGGUUCAGCACCAUAUACCCACGCACUUGCCUUGCGGAUUGGCCCAAGGAAUAUAAACCUGUGGAGAUUCUUCAAAAGCCUGGUGAAACAGUUUUUGUACCAGGUGGGUGGUGGCAUGUGGUUCUAAACUUGGACGAUACUAUUGCUAUAACACAGAAUUUCUGCAGCCGUACUAAUUUCCCAGUGGUAUGGCAUAAAUCUGUAAGAGGACGACCCAAACUUUCGCGCAAAUGGUUAAGGGUGCUGCGUGAAAAAGAACCAGACUUGGCAAAGAUUGCCGAAAACAUUAAUAUAAAUCAAAGCACUGGCUUUGCUUCGGACAGUUCUAGCAAUUCGAGUUCCUCCUCUUCGAGUUCAUCUUCUUCGGAGUCAAGCGAUGAGGGUGGUAACAAUAGCGAGGAUGACUCAUGCUCCUCCAACACGGACAGCGGCCAGGAGAGUUUAACAGCCAAAAAGAAGAAAAAGCGACGCAUGGGAGGAGCUAUGUCGUCAAAUUCAUGAUGGCCGCCACUCAUAUGUAGUUGCUAUAGAAAAAAUAAUAAUAAUACCAACGAUGAAUUUAACCGUAGUAGUAGUAAUAGUAGACGAGGUGCUGCUGCUGAUGAAAAACACCAUUUAAAGGCAACAUCAGUUUUCCCCAUUGUGGCAAGAGAGCCUUCAACUUUAGUUGAGAAUGCAAAAUUCCUAAACAGAUUGCGCAUGCUACAUUUGGGGCUUGUGGACAACAGUAGUUAACAGACUUGCAUUAGUUUCUUUCGCCAAUCAUGAAAUGUACAUCCUUAAAAUGAAUAUUUAUUUUGAAUUCCUCCUCAUCCCAAGCGAAACCUACAUUUGGCUCAAAAGAUAUUACAUAAUAAUAUAAAUACUUAAGAAUUUUAGCUUUGUUUAAAAAAAAUAUAGAAUUUUAAUUUCACUUUACCAUAAGAGAAUAUAGAUUUUUGUUUAACCCUUUAAAAAAUUUUUAUUUAUUUGGAUUUCCUCUUUCAUGCACUUCUCGCAAUCACGCGGUUUUAGGGUUGAAAGAAAAAGCCCAGGAGAUAAUUUGAAAAAUUUUAGUUUUUGUUUAAUGGAGAAUUUGUUUAUUACAUUUUUUCAGUUAACUCGUGGCUUUCAUUUUUCCUAUUUCUCUGUGAAAGAACUGACUAGUUUUUGUUGCCUUUUAAGAAAAGAAAAAGUAUUUUGCAAUUGACUCCAAGUAUCCCCAGUUGCCUAACCUUACCACCCGCCAAAUCAUAUCUCUCCUAUUUUUCUGAUGAAAUGCAUUCAUGUAAUUUGACGUAAGAAUUUAACUAAAAAAAUAUACUUAUGAUUUAAAAACGAUUAAAUAUACAUACAUAAAUAUAUACGAAUGACUAAUAAAG